AUGAUCACCAAUGACCAGGAAGCCACUGCCAGAGAAAUCAGGCCCAACAUCAGAAGAAUCAUGGGAGGUGGUGGUCCUGAUGAUGAUCAUAAAGAAGAUAUCAAGUGGCCACCAUGGCUGCAACCACUUCUUCAAACAAGCUUCUUUGUUCAAUGCAAGCUCCAUGCUGAUAUUACUCACAAGAGUGAAUGCAACAUGUAUUGCUUGGAUUGCAUGAAUGGUGCCCUUUGUUCUGUUUGUCUCUCACUCCACAAGGACCAUAGAGCUAUUCAGAUAAGGAGGUCAUCUUACCACGAUGUGAUCAGGGUAAUUGAAAUUCAGAAAUACUUGGACAUAACAGGGGUCCAAACCUACAUUAUCAACAGUGCAAAAAUUGUGUUCUUGAAUGAGAGGCCUCAGCCUAGGCCUGGUAAAGGUGUUACCAACAAUUGCCAUGCCUGUGAGCGUAGCCUCCUCGAUUCAUUCAGUUUCUGCUCUCUUGGUUGCAAGAUUGUGGGGACGUCAAAGAAUUUUGAGAAGAAGAAAAGGUACAAGGAGACGGGUGGUUCAGACACUGAAGAAUCAAUGAAUGGCAUUAGCAACGGAAGUGGUUGUAAAGAAGGGUAUGAAAAAUAUCAAAAGAAAGAGGAGAACGGUUCAUCUUGGGAAGCAAACCACCCUAAGAAAUUAUUCAGCUAUGAUGGUCAUAUUGUGGAGGUCGACCUACCUCUUGCCGAUCAAGUUAUAAAAAUGUUGACAAACCCUAAUUAUGAUGAUGCUCAAAAUCCAGUCAUUGAACAAGGAAACGGGCAAACAGACAGCCUUAGCCCUUUACCACUGAACUAUGCAGCUAUUUGA